AGAUUAUUCCAACAGCCUCUAAAAAAAGCUCUCCACUUCACGCUGUGCUCAGAGAGAGGUAGUGUGAAGAGGACUGGCUGUGGAGAGCUUGGCUGCCUGUUGCAUUGGCGUGAUGGUAUUUUACCGGAUACUUCUCCUGCUAUCUGUGGCCUUAGCCUCCGCGGCAGCGCGCGGUUCUGAGCGGACAAAAAGAGGGUUACUGGAGCUGGCAGGAGCCAUCAAAUGCAGCACGGGGAGAUCCGCUUUGGCUUACAUGAUGUACGGCUGCUACUGUGGUCUGGGUGGUCAAGGCUGGCCCAGGGACAGGGCCGACUGGUGUUGCCACAGGCAUGAUUGCUGUUACGGAGAGGCGGAACUUCUUGGCUGCCAAACCAAAACAGACCAGUAUCAGUGGACGUGCGAGGACAAGAAAGCUGAGUGUGAGAAUUUGGAAGAUAAAUGUGAGAAGCUGCUGUGUAAAUGUGACAGAGAGGCUGCCAAGUGUUUGAGAAAAUCGCCUUACAUCCGGAAGUACGCCCUGUGGCCAGAUUUCAUGUGCGGCUACGAGCAUCCAACAUGUAAUAUGUACUGACGCUACAAUUGCAUAGUCACGAUUUUGGUGCCUUUUAUACAAUAAAAGCUCAUAAAUUACUACAUAUAUUAAUAGUAAGACAUUUUUGUUCAACAUAUUUUUAAUUGUAAGCAUUUUACGCCUCCUUUAAUGAAAAUGUGAUGUUUGCAGUAUAUAAGACUGUAUUUUUGCAGAUGCAUUAUUGUUAUAAUAAAAGCUUAAACUCCUAUUAAAGCCAGAAAAGA